CUCCGACUCACGGGCAAAAAAAAAAAAAAGGUUGAAGCAGAUGGCCCAGGAAAGCUCUUCAUGGGUGGGCUUAAUACGAAAACAAAUGAGAAAGCUCUUGAAGCAGUAUUUGGCAAAUAUGGAGGAAUAGUAGAAGUCCUCUUGAUGAAAGACCGUGCAACCAACAAAUCAAGAGGAUUUGCUUUUGUCACCUUUGGAAGCCCAGCAGAUGCUAAGAAUGUAGCCAGAGACAUGAAUGGAAAGUCAUUAGAGGGAAAGGCCAUCAAGGUGGAACAAGCCACCAAAUCAUCAUUUGAAAGUGGUAGACGUGGGCCACCUCCACCUCCAAGAAGUAAAGGCCCUCCAAGAGGUCUUAGAGGUGGAAAAGGAGGAAGUGGAGGAACCAGGGGACCUCCCUCACGGAGAGGACACAUGGAUGACAGUAGAUAUUCCAUGAAUUUUAACAUGAGUUCUUCUAGGGGACCACUCCCAGGAAAAAGAGGACCACCACCAAGAAGUGGAAGAGAUAGUCACGGAAGUCCACCUCAAAGAGAACCGCUGCCUUCUCGUAGAGAUGUUUAUUUGCCCCCAAGAGAUGAUGGGUAUUCUACUAAAGGCAGCUCUUCCAGCAGAGAUAACCCAAGUUCUCGUGACACAAGAGAUUGUGAACCACCACCACGAAAUUAUACUUGCGAUUACGGUCAUUCCAGUUCACGUGAUGACUAUCCAUCAAGAGGCUAUGGCAAUAGAGAUGGAGACGGUCGUGACUAUUCAGAUCACCCAAGUAGAGGUUCCUACGGAGAUUCAUGUGAGAGUUAUGGUACCUCACCCAGUGCUCCGCCAUCUUACAGAGGAAGCAGUCGCUAUGAUGAUGACGGCAGCUCACGUGACAGAUAUGGUGGAAGUCGAGACAGUUACUCAAGCAGCCGAAGUGAUCUCUACUCAAGUGGUCGUGAUCGGGUUGACAGACAAGAAAGACGGCUUCCCGCUUCUAUGGAAAGGGGGUACCCUGCUCCACAUGAUUCCUACAGCAGUUCAAGCCACGGAGCACCGAGAGGUGGCGGCCGUGAAGGAAGCCGAUCUGACAGAGGGGGAGGCAGAAGCAGAUACUAA